CCUUUGACAGAUCGUGACAAUGAAGACCACUGUGAAAUCAAAUCUGAUUCUGAGAAUCGUGGCUUUGGGGUUUUCUCUUAUCUCAUUAGUUCUAAUGGUAAUCAGUAGCACCAAUUAUAAAUCUUCACUCAGUCUUGAGGACUACAGCACAAGCUUCGAAUACCAUUUCAAUAAUUACAAGCCAUUCAGAUAUGUUAUAGUUGCUAACGAGUUAAGCUGUGUCUAUUACACUAUACGAAUUAUUCAAAUUCUUGCUGGCCUGUCUGGAGGAUAUUGUUACUAUCUAAGCUUUAUCUUCGAUCAGGUGAUGACCUACAUAAUUUUAUCUAGUGCUUCCUCGGGCAUAGGCUGCAUAAUGUUAACAAAAGAAAUCUUUAGAGCGGGAGAGAUAUAUGAUAAUAAUGUGAAAAAGUUUCUCCUGUAUGCAUCAGCAUCUGUGAGUAUGCAACUUAUGGGAUUUGUGGUGAUUGCAGCCUGUGCAGUUAUGUCAGCCUACAGCCUCUCCUGUUACUUGUAUACCACAAUUUUGUGUAAUAUUGCUGAUCAGGAAAUCCGUGCUCACAAUAUUGAUAUUAAGUAGUAAGGAAUUAGAGCCCAGUUCAAAUUUCUUUCUACUUUUACAGGGACUGAUUUCAAAUCAGUCUAU